AUGAGCCCUCAGACCGGACGCAGGCAGCAGCUGGUGCAGGGGCAGCAGGAGCUGCAGCAGGAGGGGCUGCAACAGCUGGAACCACAGCAAGAGGGGUGGCAGCAACUAGAGAUACAGCAGCUGGGGCGGCAGCAGCUGGAACCACAGCAGCUGGGACUACAGCAGGAAGGGCGGCAGCAGCUGGAACCACAGCAGGAAGGGCGGCAGCAGCUGGAGAUGCAGCAGCUGGGGCGGCAGCAGCUGGAACCACAGCAGCUGGGUCCACAGCAGGAAGGGCGGCAGCAGCUGGAGAUACAGCAGCUGGGGCGGCAGCAGCUGGAACCACAGCAGCUGGGUCCACAGCAGGAAGGGCGGCAGCAGCUGGAGAUACAGCAGCUGGGGCGGCAGCAGCUGGAACCACAGCAGCUGGGUCCACAGCAGGAAGGGCGGCAGCAGCUGGAGAUACAGCAGCUGGGGCGGCAGCAGCUGGAACCACAGCAGCUGGGUCCACAGCAGGAAGGGCGGCAGCAGCUGGAGAUACAGCAGCUGGGGCGGCAGCAGCUGGAACCACAGCAGCUGGGUCCACAGCAGGAAGGGCGGCAGCAGCUGGAGAUACAGCAGCUGGGACGGCAGCAGCUGGAGCCACAGCAGCUAGAGCCACAGCAGGAGUUGACCAUGGUGUUAGAGGAUGGAGGCUCUGGGCAGCAGCUGGUGCAGGGGCAGCAGGAGCUGCAGCAGGAGGGGCUGCAACAGCUGGAACCACAGCAAGAGGGUUGGCAGCAGCUGGAACCACAGCAGCUGGGGCGGCAGCAGCUAGAGAUGCAGCAGCUGGGGCGGCAGCAGCUGGAACCACAGCAGCCGGAUCCACAGCAGGAGGGGUGGCAGCAGCUAGAGAUGCAGCAGCUGGGGCGGCAGCAGCUGGAACCACAGCAGCUGGAUCCACAGCAGGAGGGGCGGCAGCAGCUAGAGAUGCAACAGCUGGGGCGGCAGCAGCAGGGGCUGCAGCAGGAGGGGCAGCAGCUGCUGGAGCCACAGCAGCUAGAGCCACAGCAGGAGUUGACCAUGGUGUCAGAGGAUGGAGGCUCUGGGUGA